AUGUCAGCUGCAGGGCGCAACAGGGCGUCAUCGGCGUCAUCAGCGUCAUUGACGCCGCGCCUUGCGCCGAAGAAAGGGAGAACCAACGGAAGAGCAUGCGUCAACUGUCAUCACCGGAAAGUUCGUUGUGACGUUUUGAUAAAGGGCACACCAUGUUCAAAGUGCGAGGCAAACGACAUCCCCGAUUGCCGGCUUUUUGAGAAGAAGAAAACCAGGUCUUCUUCAGCAAGGGCCUCCAAUAGCCCUAAUGUUCCGCUGCAACCUCGAAUAUCAGACGGCGCUCGGUCUACGACGACACCUACUGCUUCCGACGCGGCCAGCCCCUGGAUAAAUGCCGCCGGGGACUCGGGCGGUGUGCCAACAUCAACAGCCGACUCCGCAGCGCAAUCUCACUACGCCAUCGAACUCGCAACGCGUAACCUGGCUGAUUUCCUCGAUCAAGAAGAGACAGAAAGCCAAGAGAUACUGCCCAGCGGCCGUCUGUAUUUCAUCGGUACUGAGUUCUCCAACCUUAACUACCUAGUCCGUCAGCGGACUCAUAGACCCGAUCAAAAUGUGCUACAUUUUGGAAGCCAUCCUCUAGCCCCGAGAAUGUCUUCAGUCCCCCCUGAGGCGCUAGAUCUACCUACCAAGGAGCUUGCGGACGACCUUGUUGAGGCGUACUUCGUUCACGUCAACCGAGGCUUUCCCAUUGUCAACGAAAGCCAGUUCAUGAAGAAGUACAAUAACGUUGAUAGCGGCUCAGAUACCAUAAGAUCCAGGCCGCUAUCUCUGCUACUGCUGAACUCGAUCCUGCUCGUCGGAGCGCAUGUUCUGUCUCCCCAGCGGGAGGAUGUCAAGGCGCUGAAGCCUAUUUUCUUCAAGCGGGCGAAAGCUCUGUUUGACUGUCGCUUCGAGCAACACCGCGAAACAUAUUUACAGGCCGCCCUUCUGCUGACUUGGCAGUGUGAUGACCUUGAAGACGUUGUUUCAAACUCGUGGUACUGGGUGGGAUGCGCGGUUCGGACGGCCUUUGGGAUGGGCAUACACCGUGAUGCAACACCGUCUUGCUUGAAUAUUAUGGACAAGCUUUUGUGGACGAGGCUAUGGUGGACUCUGUAUCAGUUCGAUGUGUUGGUUUCUAUGUCCCAUGGGCGACCGCAGGCCAUUAAUCUGGAUGAUUCCGAUGUACCGAUGAUUGCAGAGCACCAUUUAACGGAUACGCCGGAAACCGAAACCGCGUUUGUUAUUCAUCACACUCGCCUAUGCAUCAUAUUCUCCGAAGCGAUGAGGAAGCGAGUCUCCUUGAGGUCUACGGCAGAGGACCGCGCCAAAGCAACGAGGGAAGCAGACACAGCCCUUGCUGAACUGGUGACGAAUCUGCCGGACAGUCUUCAACUCUCUCAGAGCGGGCCGGACAUAUGGCAGGCAAUCUUCCAUCUCACCUACAACAACUUCCUCAUCCUGCUCCAUAGACCAUCGCCCCGCCCAGUCCCGGACCAGUCUACAGCAGAAGCGGGAACCGACCUAAGCAUCUGCUCGGAUGCCGCAGCCACUGUUAGUUCCAUCUUUGAGUUUCUACGCAAAAGGAACAUGCUUUCCGGGCUAUGGCUCCCCAGCAUCCACGUGCUCUUCACAGCUCUGGUACACACGUCGACUCAGAUGCACUCGAGCAACCCAAUCGUGGCGGCAAAAUCCAAGAGGCACUCUGAAUCCAUGAUUCAAACCUUGCAUUCACUGAAAAGCCAGUGGCUCUACGCACGGAGUCUCUUGAACCUAUUCGAACCACGGCAUUUGCGAGGACGCGGCCAUUCCCAGACGAACCGCCCCAGUGGUUUGGGUCACGAUGUAAGCAUUGGAACAGAUGAAGCCGCACGCCAAAACGGCAACUCCAGCGCUUCAAGAUCCCCGGAUGUGUUCCGAUACGGGAACGGUAACCCUUCUGGCUCAUUAUCGACGGCGGGUAGACGCCCGCUUAGCUCGGAACCCACGUGUUUGGUCCACUCAACGCCCAACCAAGGGUUUUCGAGGAGCCAGGAAGCGCAGUAUAUGGGCACACUCGCAGGGGACGAGUCACAAGCUGGCCAAUUCUAUGAAGCUGGCUUUGUGGGAGACGAAUUGAGCCUCGGUGACGUGGACAAUAUGGGCAUGCUUCCACUUCCAUCAGCGUUGGAGUUCUUAUUGGCGGGUGGCGAUAACAACUUUGAUUUUUAUAGCUAA